UAUAUAUAUAUUUUAAUUUCUUACCUUUAAUAAAAUUAAUAUAUUUUAAAAUAUGUUUUUAGAUUUAAUAAUAUUUUUAUAAUAGUUUUAUUUUUACAAAUAAUAAAAUGUCGGAAAAAAAUAAAAACAGAUUUUUAUAUAUUUACAAUAUAAUUGAAUGGAUGUAGUUUAGUUCGGUUAAACAGAAAUAAGUUAAUUCAGCACUUUUAAAAUUAUAUAAAUGGUAAAACAUAUGAUUUUUUAUAAUUAUCUUUUAGAUAUUUAUUAAUUUAAAUAAGAUCUUAUUUUUAUAUAUAUAUUUUAAAUACGUUCUUAUUAAUUAGUAUAGAAUUAGGAUUGAUGAAAGGCUUCAAUUAAGCGGUGGCAGCAGAAUUACAAUUCAGCAUGUAAAAGAUAUUUAUCAUAAAAAAAUGAUAAAAGAUAGGAUUAAUUUAAAUAAUUUCCUAAUUAGUAUAGAAUUAGGAUUUAAUGAAAAGGCUAUAAAUAGAUGCAUAGUUACAGCAGAAAUUUAGAUGCACCCUACACUUUCAAAGCUUGAAAACUUAAUUAAGCUUAGAAAGAAUUAGCUAAUGAACAGAAUAUCUAGCUCUGAUUCCCUUUCAACACCAAGGUUUCGGUGUUUUGAUCCCACCAACUCUAACUCUUACCCAGAUCACACCACUAAUCACAAACAAUACAUCCCAACAACCACUUUAAAUUCCAAUUCCACUACUGAAAUGAUAACUCCUAAAAUCAUCACAGGUGACAACGGUUACAUUCUCGAAGAUGUUCCUCACCUAUCUGAUUACCUCACUGACCUUCAUACUUAUCCAAAUCCAUUACAAUAUAAUCAAACUUACUCAGCGGUGAGGCAAUGUUUUGUUGGUGAGGAUGAUUCGGUAGCACAACAGAUUGUUGUCCAGAAGGACGGUCCAAGAGGGCCCCACUUUCGACUAGCAGGACCUCGUCAAAAGGUAUCUUUUGAACCAGAAGAAGUGAACGCCUGCAUAGUCACAUGUGGGGGUCUAUGCCCUGGUCUAAACACAGUGAUCAGGGAGAUAGUUUGUUGCUUACACCACAUGUAUGGUGUAAACAAAGUUCAUGGGAUUGAGGGUGGAUAUAAAGGCUUCUAUGCUAGAAACACAAUCCCAUUAACCCCAAAAAUUGUCAAUGACAUUCAUAAACGUGGUGGCACCAUUCUUGGAACAUCUCGUGGAGGUCAUCACACAUCAAAAAUUGUAGACAGUAUUCAAAAUCGAGGCAUCAAUCAGGUCUACAUAAUUGGAGGAGAUGGAACUCAAAAGGGUGCUUCAGUGAUUUUUGAGGAAAUUAGGAGGCGUGGCCUGAAAGUUGCAGUGGCUGGAAUCCCAAAGACUAUAGACAAUGACAUACCGGUUAUAGAUAAGUCCUUCGGUUUUGAUACUGCCGUCGAGGAAGCUCAACGAGCUAUCAACGCAGCUCAUGUUGAGGCUGAAAGCUUUGAGAAUGGCAUUGGUGUUGUCAAGUUGAUGGGACGCCAUAGUGGAUUCAUAGCAAUGUAUGCUUCUAUUGCAAGCCGAGAUGUUGACUGUUGCCUGAUACCAGAGUCCCCGUUUUACCUCGAAGGACCUGGAGGACUAUUCGAAUACAUCAAAAGAAGACUUCAAGAGAAUGGACACAUGGUAAUAGUGAUAGCUGAAGGUGCAGGACAAGAAAAUCUUUCUGAGAAUACUCGUAACAUUAACCAGCAAGAUGCUUCUGGCAAUAAGCUACUUCAAGAUGUUGGACUCUGGUUAACACAGAAAAUCAAGGAUUACUUCUCAACGCAAGAAAAGAUUAACAUAAACCUCAAAUAUAUAGAUCCCACUUACAUGAUCCGGGCGAUUCCAAGCAACGCAUCCGACAACAUAUGCUGCACACUCCUUGCUCAGAGCGCCGUACAUGGUGCAAUGGCAGGAUAUACUGGUUUCACAAUUGGCCCUGUUAAUGGAAGACAUGCUUACAUACCUUUCCAUCGCAUUAAUGAGAAACAAAAUAAGGUUGUAGUAACCGACCGAAUGUGGGCAAGACUACUACUAGGUUCAACCAAUCAACCAAGUUUCCUAAAUGCUCCAGACACUUUUGAAGAUGAUCAUACAGAAAUCCACUCUGAAAAUGAGGAAAGCGAAGAAAACGGUUACCAUGGUCAAUUCUUAUUCUGUGACUGACUGCCUCAGACGAGAUCACCAAAAGUGUUACUCCCCAUUUUUGUAUGAACAGCAUGCUAAAGCUAAUGUUGUGCUUGUGUAUUUUACUUUUCAUUUUUAUCAGUUUUUUAUCUGAACACAUUAUUAC